CCAGCCUCCAGGCCCAUGUGAAACGGUGGAUGGCCCGCCCUACGCGACCCGGGUUCUGCACCCUGCCGUUUCUUCUCCAUUAUUCCCAGCGGGCGCGCUCGCUCUCUCUUUCUCCCUCCCCUCCUCGUGGCGACGAUUGGGGGCAGUCGCUGCCGCCGUACGCCAGGUGCCCAGAUCUUCUUCAUGCCCUUCUCCAGCGACGAGUAUCAGAAGGGUGGGCGACAACAUCCCAUAUGACAUUGUAGCUUACCUUCAUCUAUUUGUUAGCUGUUUGUGCUUUUAAGGAUGCAUAAGCGUAUGGCGGUUUUGAUGGUAUCCAUUGUUUGAACGAUGGGAGGAUAGAAGACCAUUCUCUGCAUAAAUAGGCUUCAUAAGUAUUAUUGCUUUAUUGCUUUAAUAUUAUCAUAUGAUUGAGUGCACAAUGCCAUCAACCUUACUUGAUGAUCUCCCUAACGAAGUUGCUCUCCAGUGCCUUGCACGGGUACCAUUCUUGUUCCAUCCGACGCUUCAGUUGGUUUGCCGCUCUUGGCGAGCAUCAGUUUGCAGUGGCGAACUUCUCAAAAUUCGUAACCAGAUUGGUACGACAGAAGAGCUCUUGUGUGUGUUGGCGUUUGAACCAGAAAACAUGUGGCAACUUUAUGAUCCCCUACGAGACAAGUGGAUAACUCUUCCUGUCAUGCCAUCUCAGAUUAGGAACAUAGCCCGCUUUGGCGUGGCCUCAGUUGCUGGCAAGCUCUAUGUAAUUGGUGGUGGCAGUGAUCGAGUUGAUCCGCUUACUGGAGAUCACGACAGGAUCUUUGCAAGCAAUGAGGUUUGGUCUUAUGAUCCGCUGCACCGUGUGUGGUCCCAGAGGGCUCCUAUGCUUGUGGCUCGAGCGAUGUUUGCUUGUUGUGCACUGGAUGGGAAAAUAAUCGUUGCAGGAGGCUUCACUAACUGCCGCAAAUCGAUAUCAAAGGCUGAGAUCUAUGACCCUGAAGCUGGCAUAUGGGAGCCUCUUCCUGACCUUCGUCUGGCUCAUAGCUCUGCAUGUACUGGACUUGUCAUCAAGGGUAAGAUGCAUGUAUUGCAUAAAGGUCUAUCGACAGUUCAGAUUCUGGAAGAUGGUGGCAGUCAUUGGGCUGUUGAGGAUUUCUCUUGGUUGCAAGGCCCGAUGGCGAUGGUCGGUGGAGAGCUGUAUGUGCUGAGUAACAGCUGUAUUAUGAAGCAACGUGGUGAGAACUUCCCUGAUAAGAUGGUAUCGUGUGCAUCUGAGUUCCAGAGCAGGAUCGGUUUCGGGAUGAUUGGUGUGGGUGACAACAUAUAUUUGGUUGGAGGAGUGAUUGGACCUGGGCCGAGAAACCAAUGCAUCAAGCUGCUCUCUGAUGUUGAUAUCUUGAACGUCACAAGUGAGAGACCAACCUGGAGACCAGGGUCGCCGAUGACGCAUUGCCGAGGGAGCAUCUGUGGCUGCGCUUUGUUGAGGAUUUAGCGUCUUCCCAGUGUGAUAGUGUGAGUAUUCCACCAUUGCUGAACUGAUCGGUGACGUCCUAAGUUUUAUUUUAUUUUCAAAAGGGUUGUUAUUUACGCUUUCCUUUUGGAUCCUUUGUAGCAUUGAGGGCAUGACUCAAUGUUGGAUUGCCAAUGAGAUAUAUACUAUAUUGACCAUGAACAGUGUUCCAGAACACACUAUAUACUUCAUCAUUUUCAUUUGGCAUUUAAAUAUUUUGGUGGUUUUAAAUGA